UCUACGCUGCUUAUUGGCUUCUUACAGAUGUGUAGCUACACAAUACGGAGAUUUGACAGUGCUGUAUUCGAGUCAAACAGGAUGUUCAAGAGGGGCAUGCAACAUAUGUAAAUGUACAUUCACUGUGUCGUUUCCCUUAAUUAUUUAUGGAUUGUGAACGCUCAGCCUCGUUGACAAGUGACUUGUGUUGUUGCUUUAUGGUAGGCUACUAUUGUUGAUUAUUAAUUGUCUCGAUGAAAAUGAAUAUAUAGUCCAAGUAAGUUGUCCAAUCGGGUGUGGUUUUGGGUUAAUGAGUUUACUUUCAAACAGUUAAAUACACGCCUUAUAUGUGUUUGAUUGUGGUUAUUUGAUACGGAGCUUUCUGUAGCCUAAUAUUUGCAUUAUUUUUUCUAUAAAGGACUUAAUAGUAUAGCUUUAUAAUGAUGUGGAAAUUAGAUAGAAAACAAACUCGAACGUCAGGCCUUUUACAAAAAAAAAUCUAUAUUCAACCCAUAUUAUGUGACUAUGUGACAUUUAUCGGGCUGUGAGUAGCUAUUCGUGCCUUAUUUUCUUACUAGAUUGUAUUUUAUGUGAUUAAUUACACUGGAAAAUGUGAAUUAUUUAUGAGUGAGAUAUGCAUGAGUGAGUUAUAUUUUGAGAGACAUGGUUAUACAGUAACUAUAGUCUCGUUAACUUGUAUCCAAACGGAUGUAUUCUGGUUGUGUGUGUCUGAUGACAAACGGGUGUCGUAUACAUUCAUUUACAUGCUUACCUACUCACAUAAUGCGUAAACGGCUUGUGUUACAUAGCAAACAACUGAUUAAACACUCUAGACAUAUCUUAAUAUUUGUUACGGAGUCAGGAUCAACAACAUCUCCCUCUCUCGCGCGCGCUCUCGCGCUCUCUCUCUCUCUCUCUCUCUCUCUCUCUCUCUCUCUCUCUCAUGCACACGUGUUCAAUCAUCCAACACUGUCAUUCAGUGAGGACUAAAUCAAACAACACUGCCACCUUGUGCCUGCUCCAUAUGCAAGGCAUUAUACAGAGCCUAAAAUCAGUAAGGGCAACUGCCCACAUAAAAUUCAGAUCUUAAUUUUCAUGUGGGAAUGUGCCUGGCAUUUGCUGGUGUUUCUGCGUAAAAAGUUUAAUUGAUAGAAAUUACAUCAUAAAUAUAUGUCAAAAGCAUUGCUUUACUAGCGUUAUUAACAUACAGAUUAAUUAUAAUAAUAUACAAAUUAGCAAAAAUGUUCAAGAAAAAUAUUGUAUUAUAUGUCUGUAUGGUGUCUUUUAGCAAUUAAUAUUAAUAAUCAAUUAUUAAAAUAAUAAAGACAUUUCAAAACACAAAUACAGAAACAGUCCGUCUACUUUUUUUUAAUUUAUUUUUUAUUAGUUUUAUGGUUGUAAUGAGACAGUAUUGACAAACAUGAAGCUUUAAAUGUAAUGUAAUAGCCAGUGAGCUAUGUUAUUAUGGGGUAGCAUGUUAAUAAAAUCCUUUGGUUAUCCGUUGACCCCAAAAAACUAGAGCUGCGAUCUUCCGUCAUGGGCCUCUUGAAAUCCACAUGUGCGGCUAGACUGGGGGAAACAAAACACAAAAAAGAGUCAAUAAUAAAACUAGUUGUCAUGAACAUGCAGCUGCUGGUAAAGCAUUUUUUUUUUUAGUAAUAGAACUGUUAAAAAGAAAAGUUUUACUUAUGUUGUGUUUAUUUGUGAAAUUAGAAGUGUGUAUGAACACAGAAAAAAAUUUAUAAAAGAAACAGAUAAUCUCAUUUAUAGAGCUAGGCUAGGUUUGUGUCAACCAAUUUUUGUAUACUUUUUUUUUUUUUUUUUAAACUGGAUUGGUAAUUUAUUAAGGCAGAAUGCUUCUGUGUGGGCUCGCAUAUGGUUCGUCGAUGUGCAUGUGUGUAUUUGUGUGUAAGUGAGAGAGAAAAAGCGAGUGGAGGGCGGGGUUGUUCUACUGUGAGUCUCCUCUUUGCCUCGGGAUAUUGACUGUCUUUUGUUUGCCAUUAAAAAUGGAGUCUAUUUAACUAAUCCUUAUGCCUGCACGUAUAUAAGGUGCAUGAGAUUUAUUCAUUUGUGUAUUACAGUUAUUCUAGCAAAGUUCUAAACAGGUUUAUGAAAUUGACACAUUUAUUGCCAUCUGACUAUCAUUUGAGUAAACUUUGGGCCAAUCUCGUGUCUGCCACCGCUAUUGAAUUUGAAUCAUAGAAGGCAUAAUUCAGUUGCCACGAAAAUGAAAACAAAUUCCAGGCGAACUUUCAAUUCCAAACAUUUCCUUACAAGAACCGCAGGGCAAUGUGAGUUAGCUCUACUUCAAAACGUCUUAUUCAUGGAGGUCAUUACGCGGCCACAUAAUUUCACAGAAUUAUCUUGUGCUAGUUAAAAACCAUAAUGCCCCUUCGGGUCGUGUGUUGUUAUAAGUGCUUAGCUGCACAUGAGAGCUCUGUUAUAGCUGUCACGUUACUAUUAUGGAUUUUGUUUUCGCAUAGAUACAUCGACAUAGAUGACAGGGUAGGAAAGUUGGGCUUGGAUAAGAAAGCUAGAAGACUCAUCAUUGGAAUUUGCAAUUGUGAACAUCCGUUACAAAUAAAUAGGCCAAUGAUAACAUUCAUUUAACUCUGGAGAAUGUGCAGACUAGGCCAUUGCCGAGCACAGUUAGGAUGUGCAUAGCUUGCUUUUUUCCAGAUCAUCAUAUCACGUAAAUUACGCAUUGGAAGUAAGGACGAUUUUGGCGGACGUUAGUGCGUAGUUUCGUCGAGUGUAAAGAGAAUACAGGCCAAACGGGAUGUCUAUUUAUUGCCUCUUCAAACGCUAAAACACAACCGUGCGAUUUGUCUUAAGGGCUGCAAUAAAACACUUAAAGCUCUUUCUCUCCAGUCACAUCAACAUACCAACUGCAGACUGAGUGUGGUGUGUUUUACUCGCUACUUCAUUCACAAGACUGAUGCUGUAAAAUAGAUCACGAUAUUAAAAAUCUCCCCAUCAAAGGCUUUCAGUUCAAAGUCGUUGGAGCAAUAUUGAACAUCAAAGAGUCAGAUAUAUCUAUAGAUACAACUUACACUUACUAAGGCCUAUGAGAGCUCAAUACCACCAAACUACACGUAUGAAAAUAGCAUAGUGAAAACUAUUAUAUGAUUUAAGAAUUGAUAAUGCAUCUCUGAUUUGUUUUCAACAUGCGCUUUGCUGUUUCUAUUUUAGCUUAGCCUACUAGUUUAAUAAAAAUGUAACUGAAAUAUUUUUUAAAAUGUAAUUUAGAAUAUAAUUAUUGCUGUGAAAAAAUAUAUUACAUUUCAUAUAUUUGAACUGGCAACUGUUCAAUUUCCACAAUCUAAAAUAGGCUGUGACUGAAAUAUGGUAAAACGUGCGCACACGCUUUUCACGCAGGAAAUAUUUUUUAUUACUGUUAUAUAUUACUUUUAUUAGUUUCUUUUCACAGUAUACAUGGUGUAAUAUUGUAUAAAUUAAAUCAUAGUAACACGUUAAGUUCCACACCGCCAUAUAGACUACUAUAUAUUUAUUGUAUUAAUUUAGCGGCAUGUAAUUCAUGUUUUUAUUACUUUUAUUGCAGACCGGUUAAAACUGCUACUAUUAAUCCUACUACUAUUAUUAAUAUUGUUGUUAUUAUUAUUGGUAUAAACAUCAAUGAAUUAACUUCGGAAGAUAAUUAAUCAUAUUCAUAUGCAGUAGCCGUAAACUGAUCAAAGAGCACUUACCAUACUGAUGUUUAGAUAUUCCUAGUAGAUAUUCAUGCCUAGUAGAGUUACAUUUUGUCGAUCUCAAAUAUGACAACCCAUCAAAAACAUUAAUCCUUGAUAUUGAUUAAUACCGGUUUUAUAGCUACGAAUACAAAGAAAAAUUGUAUGCAUUUAAUCAAUCGUUAAGCAGAUUAGCCUGUUUUAUAGCUGUUAAAUGCCUUUUCUCACUGUCGGGCUGGAAGUAAAUUUUACUGUUCUGUCAAUCUCGUGUUUUGCGCACCUCUUUCUAAACCACUGUUUUUGGCCUCACACGUUCCGUCAUGUGGCCUGCAUUAAGGUCAUGGAGCAUACCCUAACCAUUCGGUUAAAACUAGUCCUUUUCCCACUACUGAUUCUUUGAACAUGAUAAUAUAUAAAUUGACCAUUCCAUUAAUAGCUGCAAGCAUUUAAUAAAAGAAAACAGUUAUAUUUGUAUAGUUCAACAGAUCUUUGGCAAAUAUGAUCACUGUAAGAGAUUCUGAAAAAAACAAAUAGCUAGAAAUAAAAUGAAUACAGUCAACAUGUACUUAAAUUUUGUAAAGAUAUCUCACAGCAUUAUUUUUUUUAUUCACAAUCAUUCUGCAUACACUAGAAAGUUAAAUGCUAAAAAAUUAGCAGCUUUCUGUCUACAAGAUAAGAGACUCGCUGCACAGCCCCCAUACAUUCAAAGGGGUAAUUGCCUCAGAGCUGGAAGUCCUCAGUUGGGUUUGUGACUUUUAUGGCACCAAGGCGCGUUUGACGCAUUCUUUAGUAAGAUGCCCCUUCCCCCCUCCUUACUCAGGUUCUUUUUACCAUUGAAAUUAUCAAUACAUUACAAAUGGGGAAAGGAAAAGAACAGACGUUUCCCCUUCAGCGCAGUGAAAGCCCGAGGAAAUAGAGAUAGAGAAACAAACGUUAUAGGGAGAUAUCUAUUGAAUAACAAAAGAAUAGUGUGGUCCUUUCACUUGGUGACUGACGACAAUGCAGUUAAUAUGUCUAUUAAUAUGAUAUAAAAUGUGAAUCAUCAGAUAUACCUAUUCACAGUUUUGUUUUAAAUGAAAUUGCGAAGUGCAUCUUAAAAUGGAGGGUAAACAAAAUCGGCGUAGAUAACGCGUGUAGAUAAGCCGUGUGGCAAUUAGCUCUUGGUCAUUUUCUUUUUUAAAACAAAGAGUUCUGUUAAUGUAAUUGUAAUGGUUACAAUCUUAGUUAUAUCAUCUGCACAGUAGUUGUAAUAAAGUAAUAAAGUUGCUGCGCCAAGAAGACCUGAAUAUAGGCUAGUUAGUAUUGUCAUGUUAUAAGAUAUAAAAAUAUACAUACACGUCAGCGACAGUAAGCAAUUGUAAAAACCCAUCUUUCAGGUAAUUAACUGAGAGGAAAAUUAGCUCAUUGUAAAAUGCAUGAUUCUCCAGGAUAAGUCUUGAUUUACCUUCACAAUACACGUGGAGAAGCUUUAUACCGACACAGAGAACAGAUUAACUCGCUGAUUAAUGCACAAAAAGACGUAAUUCAUUGUUCGUGUGAGUGCUUAUUCUGUAUUUGUGUGUGUGUUUACUUAAACUUUAUCAACUGAAGCCACAAGGAUAAGAAGCUACAAGCUCGAUAUUCCUCCGUACACAGCGCAUUCAAUUGGCUGAAAGUGGUCAGGUGACGCUGUCAUAUUGUCCUUCCAUGAGCCAAGCCUUGGCUAUAACACUUGCUUUGCGCGUCUUAACCGGAGACUGGAAAUUAAUAUUAUUGAAAUCCUUCUGAAGUUCAUUUGAAAGAGAGUUAGGAAAGCAGGCGGGAGACGUGUGUAUGUGACAGAAGGAAGCAGACCCCAUAGCACAAAGAACGAAAGUGUGAGAUUAAGAGAGGGGAAAUAAGAUAGGAGGGUGAGUUGAUGAGAGGGCGAUAGGAAAGGUAUGAAUUCGUAUUUCGCGAACCCGUCGCUCUCGUGCCAUUUAUCUGGUGGGCAAGAGGUUUUGCCCAACAUGCCACUGAACACGACCACAUAUGAUUCAGUCAGACAUUUUUCGUCUUAUGGCACCACAGUGACCCAAAACCGGAUUUAUGCGUCCCCUUUCUAUUCACCUCAAGAUAACGUUGUGUUUGGAUCAAGUCGAGGACCGUACGAGUAUGGAUCUAACGUGUUUCUUCAAGAUAAGGAUGUGCUUCCCAGUUGCAGACAAACUAGUAUGGGACUCAGUGCGCAGAGCCACGUUGCCCAGGAGUACAACCUGGAACAAGCUCGUGCAGGAACGCAGGAUCAGAAAGGGAACAACAUUCAGAUCUACCCGUGGAUGCAGCGCAUGAACUCGCACAGCGGAGUUGGGUACGGGUCAGACAGAAGAAGAGGUCGCCAGAUUUAUUCCAGAUACCAAACCUUGGAACUGGAAAAAGAAUUUCACUUCAAUCGGUAUUUAACCAGACGCAGACGCAUCGAGAUCGCCAACGCUCUGUGCCUAACCGAGCGUCAAAUCAAAAUCUGGUUCCAGAAUAGGCGCAUGAAAUGGAAGAAAGAGACCAAUCUAACUUCUACUGUACCGGGGACCGAAUCAACGGGUACUCCUCAAGACACCGAGAAGGAGACCGAGGAGGAAACCGAGGAAGCUAAAAAAAAAGAUUAGGAAAUCAAUUUCCCGUUCUCGAACGCCUGUUAACUGCAACGUAACUACCUAAACGGAGAAUUUGCAAAUAUUAAUGCAUGGACUAUAUACUCUGCUAUUCCUUUUGACUGCCCCCUCCUCCUCCGACCUGAACACCAUACUCAAGCUCUUCUACUACCACCACGCCACUAACAUAUACACACGUAGAAACAAAUGGAGAGAUUGAGAGAGAGAAAGACGCACAUGUUAUCUACCAUAAAGCAAUUCACUUCUCUUUGUAUUGAAAAUAGUUCCUUAUUGGCUGCGUGAUGACAAUGCCACAGCUGAAAUAUUUGUGUGGUUCUAGUAUUAUCAUGUUGCUAUAUAGGCUAGUAGAAAAUUACAUUAGAUGAAAAUGUAUUCGAAUUUGAUUAGUAGGCUACGUCUCCCAAACUAUUAAGCCUCUUAACUGUACCCUAAGCAUUCCAGAAGUGAAGGAAACUUCUUAUAUGCACAUUCAGUUUUUUUGUGGAUGCAUAUUUGUACAAUGAAACAAACACUGACGGGAUGAAUUAUACUACCUAAAUCCUUAAUACGUGUUAUUUUCCUUUUUUUUGUUUUUUUGUUAAUAUUACUUUUGCCUCGUCAGUGUUCUGUUGUUCAAAAUGCCGCUGUACUGGCACAUUAACUAUGGAGAGAAUUUCAAGAAAAAUACAUUUCAUCAUAUUGUAGUUGUGUGCAUAUAAACUUGUCUUAAAGUGAGAAUUACACUCAUAUGAAAACAAACAUAUACCUUGGUACGCAAUUAUAUUGUUUGUGUAAACUGUGUAUUAUUUAAUAAAAUUCUUGAAAACAAAAA